CAGGAAAUUAUAUAGUUGCACGGAGUAUAUUUUAGUCAGUUAAGUGGGUCAACCGAUACCUGAAUUUCAAUUUUCAAUCCCUUGGUCAAAAGAACGCCAAUUAGGGUUUUCGAUUUCGCCAGGAGAAUAACAAUCAACAUUAACAAUGGUGUGCGAGAAGUGCGAAAAGAAGUUGGCGAAAGUAAUAGUACCAGAUAAGUGGAAGGAAGGAGCCAGCAACACCACGGAAGGAGGUGGCCGUAAGAUCAACGAGAACAAGCUCCUCUCUAAGAAGAAAAGAUGGACUCCUUAUGGAAAUACUAAGUGCAUGAUUUGCAAGCAGCAAGUACACCAAGAUGCCAAGUACUGUCACACCUGUGCUUAUACCAAAGGUGUUUGUGCAAUGUGCGGCAAGCAAGUACUUGACACGAAGCUGUACAAACAAAGCAAUGUAUAAUUCUGAGCUAGAUGUUAUUAUUAUUUGAGUUGGAUGUGAUUGCUUAUGGACAAACUCUUGACUGCUUGAGUUUAAUUAUUUAAAUAUCAUGAGCUUGUGAGUAUGGAAUUGAGGAUGUAAAGAUCAUUAACAGUUAUAAAAUGUACUAGCAGUUCUUUG